GUCUUCGAAUUCACGGGUAAUAUAGACGUGUGUGUCGCCGUCACAUAGUGUAUCGAAGAGAAACUAAUAUAAAGAUUGCACUAUUUUCAAAAUCACUCAUUCCAUUUCAUUGGUUCUUCAUCGACUUCGUCUGGGUAUGAUAAUUCGGUAAAAACUCAACGGGUAUUCGGUGUUAUGGCGAAAUAUGUUGGGCCAUCCAAAAUUCGGUGCUGCGAGUACAAAAAUUUCCGCAACAUCUCAAAAAGCGGUUUAGUCCUCGGAUCGUGUUAAGUAACUUUUAAUGAAUGUUGGCGGUAAUUGACGUUUUCACUUGAAAGAACUAGAAUCGUUUCGAUUUCGCUUCCAGUCCAUUUAUUCUGUGUAGAAACUCAGAAACAGAUCAGUGCAACAUGUAAAAAUUGUGUAAGAGGCACAUCGGACUGUAAAACGUAACCUUGCCGUAGUCCACAAAUAAACGAUUGCAAUUCAAUGUAAUGUGUGACGUCCAAUUGUGAGUGAGCUAGUUUAUGCACAAACGAAAAAUAUAACUCUUUUUAGCAACAUGCUAGGCAGUAGCAAUGUCUAUGCACGCGAGAAAAAGUGAAACAAUGAAAACUACAGUCAAGACAGAAAUGGUUUCUUUCCGAGUUUGACUAAGAAAUCCGCCAAGCGCUUGAAUAGAUGUUUUUUUCAGUUUUGCAUUAAAAAUUGCACUCGUUACUGCAGAAAACUGUGUUGAAUCGGAUGAGAAAAAAAUCUAAGUUAAUUUUUAACUAUGUUGAGAUGUAGUUUCGUAGUAAAGUCAUGGAAAAGUGAUUGGAUAAAAAGAAGAAAUCAAUGAAGGAAAUGUGAAAAUCGAGAAAGUUCAUGCUUUAUAGAAACGCUAAAGAAAUGUGAAAUAUUCGACAAAAUGUGAUUUCAAGGAAAAUCUUGCCAUUAAGUUAUCCAAAUGGAUUGAAUGUAUUUAUUUUAUUUAUUUUGAAGUGAAAAUGAAAAAGUGAAUACAAUUAAUGGAAAUUAUGAGUGCUUCAAGCCGGUGAUAAAGAUGCGUGUUCGUAGGCAAUAGAAUAACAAAUGUUUCGUGCGCGAAUUUCGCUAUUUCUCAUUCAGUUGAGACUGAAUAGACUGAUCGUUCUAAGCAAUGAGAAUAAUUUAUUUAAUAUUAUUUAAUUAUUCAUAAUUGACUGUUGUUUUCUCUUGAUUUAAGGCCGACCAGCUGAACGGUAUUGUUCGCGGCUACCUAAUUUAAAUUAAUUUCUAAUUUAUGAUACUUAUUAUCUAAGUUUGUGAUCAUCAUGACGACCAUGCCAGUAGUUUGGUGUUCAGAUCCAAAUUCAGUGAAUAAUAAACCGACAGCGUUCGCUCUACACGGUAUACAACUCCAGGGCAACGUAUCAGAGAAGCAGGUAUUGGCGUUACGCGAACUAGUUAGUGCAGCGGCUGAAGGUCGACUAAUACUACCCGUGGACGGAACAUUCGUACUUUUGGACAGCGGUUUCAGUUUAGAAAGUGCCGUCGUCAAAGAGAACAAUCUAAAAAAUUCAGAAUGUGCUGCAAGUGCUUCGAACGCGGUUAAUUUGGCGAGCACGACAGCGGUCCUCACAACGACCACAGUGUCGUCGAGCGCGAUCGCAAUCAACCGCGGAGCUAGCAAUGCAACUACCACCGCAACUCUAAUACCAGCAAAUACACUCCAAUCGAACCGGGUCUCAGCUGGUUCCAAAGCGGAAACGACGACCGCCACCGCCGCAACCAUUUGUAGUAUUAACAGCACGAAUAAUUGUAGCGGUAGCAGUUUUCUAAUGCCAGUCAAUAGUGUUCUAGUGGAAAAUCGCGCAAUCCAUAAUCGAAAUAGCAGUGGUGUCCAUCCUAGCGGAAAUAUUAUUACGAGUGCUGACCUAAAAUGCUAUCAGAUCAAUAGUAACGGAAAUAUUCACAAAGCCUAUGAUCGCCAUAAUAAAGAGAAUAGCGAGCCCCCAGAUGAUCUACUUGAUCCGCCAUAUUCAACCUUCACGCCUCCUUCUGAAUCGGAAGAAAUACUUUACGAGUUUCUGUGCUGUGCCAAAUGUAUGAAUGAAUCGACGAAAUGCUCAAGUAGUGCUGGUCGGAACAGUUCAAAUGUCCUUAAACAGUAUGUGCGUUCGACUGCGUUGCGAUCGCGUUCCUCGUCGGAAGUAGAUCCAGUGUAUAGUAUCGCGAAUAAAUAUGCAAAGCGCUUCAACAACGCGUCACGAGUGAGAAAGAAUUACUAUUUUGCACGUAAAUCGCGUAUUCCCUCACGUCCGGCGAAGUCUUCUUCAUCCGCCAAGUCACCGGGAGGUGGUGGUGGUUCAUUCAGCUGUGGUCUCGAAAAACUUUCAAAUAUUCCGGUCUAUGCAACUGUAAAUAAGCCCAAAAGAAAUGCAGCCAUAAUUGUGCCAUAUACUGAAAACGAUAAUAAAUCCAAUCGCGAACUCAACAAUUUUGGCAACAAGUCUGUUGACGUCGAACGAGCGAAUUGUGCCAAUUUAGAAGAAAACAAUCUGAAUAUUAAUGACAGAUUGGUUGCGGACGAUAUAAAGCCGGACACCAAAAAUAUCUGCAUUUUGCCAGGUGAAUGCCAGCAACAAGAUCAAUAUUUGCAGGAGCACUCAGCAUCUAGUGGCGAUCGGUUGGAACAACAACAGCAUUCUGUGAAUGAUCUAAAUCAGCCCUUUCUGGAAACCUUGCCGGAAGCUAUCUUAGAUUCUACAAACUCAAGUAGAAAGACCAGCCUGGAUUCAACAUGUACAAUUAGUUCAAUGGAUUCCGGCUUCAUCGAGAUGCAAAAUACAAUAUCUAUGCUUCAAUUCAAUGAAGCGACUAGCUUAGAUAAUACUCUUUCGAAAGAUGCUAGUUCAAGUACUAGUAUUGAGAAUUGUGAUAUAAAUAAAUUACAAGUAAAUUCUACCGAAUUUUCACCGGCUAGUGAUACGGGUGAAAAGAUCGCCCGAUUAAAUCUUAAAGAAUGUCUAACGCAAUCUAGAAAUCGUAGGAAAUCUUAUGAAGAGUUCAAAGCCUUGUUUGCUAGUAAGGAUAAGCCUAACGGAGUAUCGGAUAAUAGUCCCGCACGAAAUGAAUUUCUAACCGAGAAGGAAAGAACACGUUUGAGAAGAAGAUCAUAUCAGGAGUUCAGAACCAUCUAUGGAAUAGAUAAAAACAAAGGAUCGAGUAGUAGCAGUUUGGAGGUGAUUUGCGAACAAGAAAAAGAUAAAAACGUAAACUUAAAAGAGCUCUUCAAAUCAGAAGACUCUAAGCAAACAUCAGUAGUUAACGUUGAAAGGCCUCAGACGGCUGACAAAGGCGAGAGUGUUUGUGGAGUAAGAUCUGAGAAGGAAAAGGCCAAAAUUCGGAGAAAGUCUUAUGAAGAGUUCAAACUUAUGGUGAAGGAUUGUGAGAGUAAUCCAAAAGUUUUCAAACGCCAGAAUUCAAAAUCUAAGAUUCUUUCCAAUAUCUUUGGGAGCACGGAAGACCUUAACUCAAACGCUCCAGUUAAGAAAUCAACUUUGAAAUCAAUUUAUGAAUCCUUAACGAAAUCAGAGAAGAAAAGCGAUCAGAAAGAUGAAAAACCUGUGAGUCCUGACUUUACUGUAGCUACUCUACAGAAACAAAAAGAAGAAAUCUACAAAACUAAUUUCAAGAUCUACGAUAAACUUAUCUCUUACGGGACGAUUUACGACAUAAUCCAACGUAAGAACGACAUCUAUAAUAUGACUUAUCAAAAAUACGAUAAAUACAUGACUUACGGAACAAUCUAUGAGAUACUGCAUAGGAAAACGAGCACGAGCUCAUCAACGUCUGGAAGUACAGGAGCAAACCAACUUGAAGGAUUCCAGCGGAAGCGGGCCUUCUCUGAGAAAUUUUACAAACGCAUGAGUCAACCGAAUCUUAAUUUGAAAACAAAGUACGCAUCGUUGAAAUUCAACGGAACCAUCUACGAUAUAAUACAAAAGCAACAUUAUGAUAGUGCCACAUCAGUCAAGUCCAAUAAUGAUAAUGUUAGUAAUAAUCAAUCCUCACGUAAUGGUGCAGCAAAUAUGGCGGGGUCAGAUUUGCCGAUAGCAACUACUUCCUCUCCAGCAGCGGCAGCGUUAGUCUCAGAAACUAAUGGCGGACAUUCAAUGCAAAUUUGCAAAUAUGGAACAAUUUAUGAUAUAAUUCAAAGCGAAAAGUACGAUAAUAUUCAAUGUGGAGGGCAUAAAAUCGGAGACAAACUAAAGAACAGGUUUCAUGUGAGCAAAAUUACAGAAAGUCAACCCACUGGUCCUAACGCUUCAUUGUCAACAUCUCCAGAUGGAUCACUUACGUGUGAUAAAGCACAGACCAGCGAACAGCAGCAAGCGGCAACGAAGAGCCCGAAGUCGAAAAAGAAAAACAUGAAAAUUCGGAGGUUUUCCAAUAUUUUAUCAUACACGAGGGGUUGUGAUACCGCCAGCAAGACUGCGGCGAAACAUUCUAGGCUGGAGGAACACCAGCCCUUUGACCCUGACAGCGGACGUGUAGAAGCAGGGGCAGCCUCCCCCACGCAAGAGGAGUUGUACUCCCAUAUUAAACGCAACCCCUUGCGUUGUAAGCGUCAAAUUUUCAAAUCCAAUUCUUUGGACACAUUAUCUUCUGUCCUUAGCACAUGUGAUCUGCAAGCAUCGACCCCUACAACGAAAAAGUCAACUCCAGUUAAGAAAAUUUCCAUUGAUAAUAGUGAACUAUUUGGAACAGCACAGGGCCAAGCAACAAAUUCUGCAGGAAGUCACUCUUGUUACGCUCCUAGCAACAAUUGCUCGCUGGCGCACAUAAAAUCAUCGCAACACAUUCGACAUAAUAUUGAAAGUAACAACAUUAAAAGUGAUUUGUGUGCGUCUGCACCAGCUACGGGCCGAUUGGGCAACACUGAUCCGACAUUGUCGUGUCCAGCGUCUUCACACGCGCCAUCGCGAACAUCGCGCAAUUUUACCACAUUCAUCAAUAAUUUAACAUUCAACCCAACAUCACCGAGUAAUUGUAUGAAUGUUGCCAGUGGACAUAGUAACGGUCACGGUAUCAUCAACAGCAACAACAAAAACAAUGUUGGCUGUUGCAGCGACAACCAUGAUGGCGGCGCUAUCAGUAGCAAUCUCAGCAAUAAUGGUAUUCCGAACUUUGUUACAAUUUCGGGCGGAAUGACUACACAUAGCUGUGGCGGCAGUUCGAGUAUAAAUGCGGGCAAUGUAACAUUAAAUGGCAAUUCGUGUGUCAUAAAAUGUUGUACAACAACGUCUAAUGCACCGACAAACAUGGCCUCCGCGGCGUUAGUGAACGGUAGCUUCGGUAACGCUUCCAUUAAUUUGACAAAUCCUAAUGUUAAUUCUAAUUGCGCUACCAUCAAUUGUGGUCAUAAUAACAGUGAGAUAAAAAAAUCACCGACGUCGAUACCGAAAAAAUGCCUUCUGAUGACCAAAAAGACAAAAUCCAGACGACUAUCUGAAUUCACAAGGGGUGAAUUUUUAAAUGAAAAACCAUGGUACUUCCGGAAAAUAAAGCGUAUUGAGGCUGAAAAGAAACUACUUUUACCCGAAAACGAACACGGUGCAUUCUUAAUUAGAGAUUCAGAAAGCCGGCACAAUGACUAUUCAUUAUCAGUUCGUGAUGGCGACACUGUUAAACAUUACAGAAUACGACAACUUGACGAAGGAGGCUUUUUCAUUGCACGACGCACAACAUUCAGAACACUUCAGGAACUUGUUGAACACUAUUCAAAAGACUCAGAUGGACUAUGUGUGAACUUGUGUAAACCAUGCGUACAGUCUAACCAACUUAUGGGUCUAUUUGAGAUCGAGAAACCAGUUACUGAAGGAUUAUCACAUCGAACACGAGAUCAAUGGGAGAUUGAGAGGACCUCGUUGAAGUUUGUACGAAAAUUAGGUUCAGGACAAUUCGGUGAAGUAUGGGAAGGCUUAUGGAAUAAUACAACACCGGUUGCUAUUAAAACAUUGAAAUCUGGCACAAUGGAUCCAAAAGACUUUUUAGCCGAAGCUCAAAUUAUGAAGAAAUUACGUCAUAAUAAUUUAAUUCAAUUGUUUGCCGUUUGUACAGUAGAAGAACCAAUUUAUAUUAUCACCGAACUCAUGAAACAAGGAUCAUUACUCGACUAUUUACAAGGAAAAGGACGAAGCUUAAAAAUGCCCACACUUAUCGACAUGGCAUCACAAAUAGCCUACGGUAUGGCAUAUCUCGAAUCACAAAAUUACAUCCAUCGUGAUUUAGCCGCACGUAAUGUUCUGGUAGGCGAGAAUAAUAUUGUCAAAAUUGCUGACUUCGGAUUGGCUAGACUGAUCAAGGAAGAUGAGUACGAAGCACGAGUAGGAGCCCGCUUCCCAAUUAAAUGGACAGCUCCAGAAGCAGCAAACUAUAGCAAAUUCUCCAUCAAAUCGGAUGUUUGGAGUUUCGGCAUUUUAUUAACUGAAUUAGUAACAUACGGACGAAUUCCAUAUCCUGGUAUGACAAACGCCGAAGUCUUAACCCAAGUCGAACAUGGAUAUCGCAUGCCUUGUCCGCCUGGUUGUGAGGCACGUCUUUAUGAAAUCAUGUUGGAAUGUUGGCACAAGGAGCCAAUGUGUCGACCAACAUUCGAAACUCUUCAAUGGAAAUUGGAAGAAUUUUACACCAUGGACCCGAGUGACUAUAAAGAGGCACAGGCUUACUGAUAAAUACUAAUUUAUCUGUAAAAAAUCUUAAAACAAAUUCUUUAUAGACUAACAACCGAUGGAUGCGUGCGGAAAGCACGUCUUUACCGCACUCUGGUUAAAGAAUUUCAAAAAAAGAAUAACAAAACGAAUAGACAUACAUUUACCCAAACAAAUAGUAGAAUCAAUCCCAGAAACAAGAUAAAAUCAAUCCAAAAAGCAACAAAGAUAAAAAGAAUUUAAAUUUAGUGAAAGUACGGAGAUGUUAAGCCUUUUUUACUUUCCUGUAUCUGUACUAAAGAUAUUAAUUCUAGUAUUUCCAACGAGACUUCUUCCGACUUACUGCAAUUUGCAAUUUAUGUUUACUUCUUAAAUGGAAAAUGUAAUGAUAAAAACGAAUCGACUACAGGGUCUGAAUUACGGGUACUGUUAUCGCUUAAGAUUUGUCAACGUUCUGUUUGCAUAUUUGCUAAAAUCUGCAAGAAUUACAGAACCGUCAGCGUGAAUUCAGGCCCCGUAACUUUCCACAGGAACGCAAUAGAGUAGCUUGUUAAAAAUCAAUUGUUAAAAAGUAUUAUUAAGCUUAAUUACACCAAGUAUGAAACCGAAAAUGUUUUACAAAUACACAAUCUUCCAAAAACAUUGCAAUUUUGUUCAGCGAGAACAAUAAAUUUCUUAUAGAUGAA